ACAGUCUAUUUGCACCGCCCCCCGUGCACUGUCUUCAAGCUUGUUUUACCCAGCUCCGAUAAUCACUUCAUCUUCGCAUCAGUCAUUUAAAUAGCCUAGUUAAUGUCUAAGCCAACACCAUCUUCAGUAGAGGGACUAUCCGAGCUACCAUCACAUCUACACUUUGCUUGCAACAAACCCCAAACACGUAUUCGACUUCACUUCUGCGUGUGUGGGGUUUUUGGCUAGUACGCACAAAAUCUUCAAGAAGGAAGUUGCCCCCACAAAGUGCUUUUAGGAAAGAUGGGCAUGAAAGGAAAGAAUGGAUCCUGCAUAGGCUCUGCGCCAAAGGGAUACUCACAGACGCCUAAAGAGUUAGAGGGACGGGGGUACUGGGGGAACAAAGCCGAGUUCAUCCUGACUGUGAUGGGAGCGAUCAUCGGACCUGGGAAUAUCUGGCGGUUCCCCUACCUGUGCUACAGAAACGGGGGAGGUGUGUUCUUCAUCCCAUAUAUUUUGUUCAUGUUUACAUGCGGAGUCCCCUUAUUUUUCCUUGAGACUGCUUUAGGCCAAUACACAAACCAAGGAGGAAUUACGUGCUGGAGAAAGAUCUGUCCCCUUUUCCAAGGCAUGGGUUAUGCCAGUCACUUAAUCAUUGCUUUCAGUGCUACCUCCUAUAUUACCAUACUUGCUUGGGCGUUCUUUUACCUGUUCGCAUCCUUCAGUGCUGAGUUGCCCUGGGCCACAUGUGGAAACUACUGGAACACAGACUUAUGCUUGGACCUCAACCAUCCAAAUCAGAGCCAAUCCAGACUGAACGCCACUCUUCCCGUUGUGGAGUUCUGGCAACGCCGGGUUUUGAAAAUCUCUGGUGGUAUUGAGGAGGUGGGCAGCUUGAGAUGGGAACUGGUCUUGUGUCUCAUCCUGACCUGGGUCAUCUGCUACUUCUGCAUUUGGAAGGGCAUCAAAUCAACAGGAAAGGCAGCCUACUUCACAGCCACCUUCCCCUUCAUCAUGCUGUUUGUUUUGCUCAUACGUGGUGUUACCCUACCAGGGGCGAUGGAUGGGAUCAUUUACUACCUCUACCCUGAUAUCUCUCGCCUUUCAGAUCCCCAGGUGUGGAUGGAUGCUGGCACUCAGAUCUUCUUCUCUUACGCCAUUGGCCUUGGGUUCCUGACCUCUCUUGGGAGUUACAACACUUACAACAAUGACUGUUACAGGGAUUGUUUCUACUUGUGUUUACUGAACAGUGCCACCAGUAUUGUGGCAGGCUUCGCCAUUUUCUCUGUUUUGGGUUUCAUGACCUACGAGCAAGGAGUCGAUAUUUCUGAAGUAGCCGAAUCAGGUCCAGGGUUGGCAUUCAUUGUCUACCCACGUGCUGUAGCCAUGAUGCCCAUGCCUCAGGUGUGGUCGGUGUGUUUCUUCAUCAUGAUCAUUCUACUUGGAUUGGACAGUCAGUUUGUUGGUCUGGAGUGUCUGAUGACGUCAGUGGUUGAUCUGUUCCCGACUUACCUGCGCCAAGGCUAUAGACGUGAGCUGCUUCUGCUGGCUAUCUGCAGUACCUGCUGUUUGCUGGGACUCUCCCUGGUCACUGAGGGAGGGAUGUACCUACUCCAGCUGUUAGACCAUCAUGUUUGCAGCGGCACCACCCUGCUCCUCCUAUCCCUUUGUCAGUCUGUCAGCAUUGCCUGGGUGUACGGUGCUGAUCGUUUCUAUAGCAACAUCACAGACAUGAUUGGUUAUCGUCCAUAUCCAUUAAUGAAGUACUGCUGGAGUUACAUCACUCCCUUCAUCUGUGUUGGCACAUUCAUCUUCUCUAUUGUCAAAUACUCCCCGCUGAAGUUCAGUCACAGUUAUGUCUAUCCGCUCUGGGCCAACAUCUUGGGCUGGUUCAUUGCCACUGUCUCCCUCUCCCUCAUCCCACUGUUUGUGAUAUAUAAAAUGAUGCAGGAAGAAGGCACUCUUCGACAGCGAUUCUUGCUGCUCUGCCAGCCUGUGGACGACCUCUCCAUGCCACACAAAUGUCUUUCUACACUGCGAACCAAUGGCACCACUGCCCACACAGAGCUCAAACCUUUAUCCCACACCGGGGAACUCACUCAGUAAACAAACAAGUUGUUCAGCUGUACUAUAAUUUAGUGUAAAUAAGGGCCAUUUAGUACAUUGAGGGGCAAAAAGGCAGAGUAACAUCCUAUCAAGUGUGUCUUUGGAGAAAUAUAAAGAUAAAAUGACCAUAUUCUGAAUUACUCAUAUUGUUUAAAAAAACACAUUAGUUCACUGACAGGAUUACUUAAACAUCUCUGGUUAGGUUAUAUGUUUGUGUUUGGUCGAAGGAAAUUUGAUAAAUAGCUUUAAUUAUUAAGAGAUUGGGAGUAAAGGUAAGGAAUUUUAAUAUACACUACUCACAAAAGUUAGGGAUAUUCGGCUUCCGGAUGAAAUUUCAGAAUGUACAUAAAAUGCACUAUAACCUUUCCAGGUGAUCUUAAUUUGACCGUCUACUUAAAUGCUCUACUUUCAUGAUAUAAUAUCACUGUAGCAUCAACUUUUUACAUUUUCAUUAAAUUUCACCCGAAAGUGGAAUAUCCCUAACUUUUUGUGAGUAGUGUAUUUCAGUUAAAAUUCUAAAUUUUACUUUAAGUCAUUUGAUAAAUGCAGCAUCACAGUUGGUGGUUUAACUUCAGUGAAAUUGUCUCAUUUAGUAAAGACUGAUUUUAUUUGUUUCUCCAGAAUAUGGACUUACGCACAUCUUGUUGUUGAUCACUAUAUCUAACAUGUGGCAUUCAAAUGUGUAUUUUUUAUAAACUUGUCCUCUUGUUUUUGUAACUUGAGCAGAAUAUGAAUGAAAAUAGCGUCAUGUUCUUUUGUACUGCGCGUGAUACAUUACCCUAUUUAGUAUCUUUGAACAGCAACGAUUCACAUAGUGAUGUCUGUGUAGUACUGACGUAUUUGUAUCUAAAUAUCACAUAUAGAAUGUAUGCACCCUGUAUAGUGUUAGGUAUGUGUUUAUAUAAUGUACCUCUUAAAAUUCUGGUAAGUGCCAACAAAUAUAUUUUGGUCUUUUCACCUUAAUAUAAAGUACCCUAGGGUCAAAUACUUUUUCUUAUGUUUAUAUACACUCACACUGAUGCACAGCAGUCUGGUGAUUUUUGAUUAUUACUCUGGGAGUUGGAGUGCUGAUUGCAGAGGUAUCAGUACACCUACAACAUAGGAUAGUCAUUUGUACACUAACAGACUGUUGGUCAAGAAUAAAUAUAUUUCUAUCACCAUUUACACAAAAA